CAAGAAUGCCGCGCGGUUUUCAUCUUCACUAAUUCCUCUCACCCAUCGGAGAGAAAAAUGGAGAAGGGAGAAGAAGAACAAGCUGAAGAAGAGAUAUCUGAAGAGCAGAGAAAGCGAGCCGAAGCCAAUCGUCUCGCCGCCUUAGCGAAGCGCAGAACCCGACUCACUGAACCCAACCAAGACUCUUGGAAGCAUUUCAAAUGCAGAAAGAUCUCCCUUUUGCCCAGUAAUGUUUCUUUCCAUAAGCCUCAAACUCCCUCUCCCCUCAACCCACCUCCCAUGCCCUGCACCCCUAGUCCUCCACCACAAAAGUUUAGGGCCAGGCUUGAAAUUUGCUCACCGGACUCAUUCUCUGUCACUCCCGCGCCCCUGGAAGGAUUUACUUAUCCCGGUGAACAACAAUGUAUGGAAAAACUCAGAGAUUGCCUCUCAUGUGUGGCGCUGUCGCAUUACACUCAAACGACUAGUGGGGGAAAGGCUUGUGUCUAUCAAGUUAGAGACUAUGAAGCAGUUCUGAAGUCUCUAAAGAACUCUAGAAGCAUUGAAUGUGAAGAGAUCCCUUGGGGAACAUUCAAUGUAGUCGAGAGACUUUCUCAUUCAUCCGCUGCAGGUCGAUGGAUACCUUGUAGGCCGGAGCAUCUUCCUGAUGAGAAGGUUGAUGAUUUGAUCAGCAAACUUCCUAAAAGAUUGUUGGAUACACUUCAUCCUUUUCAGCUUGAAGGUGUUCGGUUUGGAUUGAGAAGGGGCGGUCGAUGUCUCAUUGCAGAUGAGAUGGGACUAGGGAAAACGAUCCAGGCUAUCACCAUUGCAAGUUCUUUCAUGGAUGAAGGUUCUAUGCUCAUAGUUUGCCCAGCUAUUUUGAGAUAUCCAUGGGCUGAAGAACUGGAGCGCUGGCUUCCUUGUUUACCUUCUGAUAUCCAUCUGGUGUUUGGUCACAAAGACAAUCCUGCACGUUUACCUAAAUGUCCAAGGGUUGUGGUGAUAUCAUAUACGAUGCUUCGUCGCUUGAGGAGGAACAUAGUGGAACAAGAAUGGGCCACCUUGGUUGUGGAUGAAUCACAUAAUUUGCGUUGCACAAAGAAAGCAUGUGAAAAUGACGAGAUAACAACUGUUCUUGAUGUUGCGACAAAGGCCAAGCAUGUAAUUCUAUUAUCUGGGACUCCAUCUUUGUCAAGGCCUUAUGACAUUUUUCAUCAGAUAAAUAUCUUAUGGCCCGGUUUACUUGGAAAGACUAAAUAUGACUUUGCAAAGACUUACUGUUCGGUUAGAUUUGUUCAUGGCUGCCAAGGGAAGGUUUUCCAGGAUUUCUCAAAGGGGGUUCGCUUGGAGGAGUUAAAUGUGUUGCUGAAGCAAACUGUAAUGAUACGUCGUUUGAAGGAGCAUGUGCUUUUGCAGUUACCACCCUUGCGGCGCCAAAUUAUAAGUUUGACUUUAAAAAAAUCAGAUAUUUCUCAGGCAGUGGCUACCGUUGACUUGUUGAAAGGCAGAGCUUCUGGGAACUGUGGUGCCAACGAGGCUGAAGGUGUAAUCAAUGAUGACUCAUGUGCUAAAGAUGUAGGGAAAGCUUUUGAGGAUUUAAAGUUUGUUACUGAAGAUGUGCAACUGGAAACUCCUGAAAGAGUUGAUGAUGAUACUGGCUCUUGCAGAUCUUUAAGAGAGCUCUAUGACGAAGCGCUUGGCAUUGCAAAAUUGCCAGGAUUCUUCGAGUGGCUCUCUAUACAUCCUAUCAUUACAGAAUUGGAUGGUGAAGAAACAACGGAAGCAAGCCGCAGUUGUCAUAAAAUGAUAAUAUUUGCUCAUCACCAUAUAGUUCUUGAUGGUGUACAGGAGUUUCUUUGUCAAAAAAAUAUUGAUUAUAUUCGCGUUGAUGCAAAUGCAUCGUCAAGUGAUAGGCAGUUAGCUAUUCAAUCAUUCCAAUCAGCAAAUGAGGUUAAGAUUGCGCUUGUUGGAAUACUCUCUGGUGGAUCUGGACUUAACUUAACAUCAGCGCAACAUGUGGUGUUCUUGGAGUUGCCAACAAAACCAGCUCACAUGCAACAGGCCGAAUGCAGAGCUCAUAGACAAGGGCAAACAAAGGGAGUAAAUGUAUAUAUUUUUAUUGCAAAGGAUACUUCAGAUGAGUCUCGAUGGCAAAAUCUUAAUAAGAGUUUGCGUCAAGUUUCAUCUACAAUGGAUGGGAAGUAUGACGCUGUACAGGCAAUAGAGGUUGCUGAUGUUUCUUACCUUGAGGAAAUGGAUGUCAGAGAAAAGAAGAGUGAGCAUUUAACAACUGAGAAUGCAGGAAAUGGUGAAGUUGCUCGAGCAAAACCAACAGUAACUGAAAGACAAGGCAUUCAUCUAGAUUCAGAUCCUGUUGAAGCUCAUUGUGAUACACACUGGGUUGAUGAUAAACAGGAUGGAACUAGUUCAUUCUUAUCGAAAUUAGACCUCCAUUAUACGAGCACUACUUCCACCUUAGGGCAUGAAGGAUCUUCUUGUGGGGCUGAAGUUUCGGAUGAUGACUUUACUUCUUCACAUUGUAUAGAUGUUAAUGAAGCAAGAAAUCAGGACUUUAAUGAGGAGGGAAAGGGUGCAUCCCCUGAAUUAGAAGUAAAUGGAGACAUACUUGUAACAAGCAGCUCUGUCCAAGUANCCAGCUUAAAUGUUGGGAAGGAUUGCGGGGAUGAGGCUUUGGCUGUUACGAGAGUUACAAUGUUCCAAGUUGAUGAAUUUACAGAUCAGCAUAAAGCUCAUUACCUUCGUAAUAGAUGUGUGCUUGGACUUCUAUGGUUUCAGGUCAGCCAAUAUACAGGAAGGAUUCACCUGUACUCAUGUAUUCCUGGAAUUGAUUCCAGGCCAAAACCACUUUUUAAAAAUUUCCGGCCAGAGGAAGUUCAUCAUAUACUGCCUCCUCUAAAGGAAGCCGAGAAAACAGCUUAUAACAAUAUCAAGGAUGAUAUGAGUUGUCGGUACGCUUUAGUGGAAUUUCUCAAAGAAUGGAGCAAGUUGAGUGCUAUCGAAAGAAGGAAAUUAAUUGGAAAGGCCUUGCAACUUCCAUUAUCUGUUGAGUUGUCCUAUUUAAAUGAAAACCUUAACCACGAUAAUGGGGGACUGCUGAAAGGUAGAAGUAAGAGGAGGACAACACCUUUGGACGAAAUUAGCUAUCCGUUACCACCAAACGCUGUCUGGAGGAAGGUCCAUCUUUGUACUGGGAAAGGGAAGCAAGAGAAGAUAUACAUGCAGGGGUGGUCUGACAAGGAUGAACCACUCUGCAAGCUUUGUCAAACUCCUUGCAGGAAUAGCAAUGCCAAAACUCCGGACUACUUUGAGGAUCUCUUCUGUAGCUUGAACUGCUGCGAGGAGUAUCACCUUAGAACUAAUAAAUCAUCAAUUCGUAAUGCGCUUUUCCAAAUUGAGCAUGGCAUUUGCACAAACUGCCGUCUAGACUGCCACAAACUUGUGGAGCGCAUCAGACCAUUGUCAUUUGAGAGUCGUGAAGAGUAUAUUGCCAAAGUAGCCCCAAAUUUGGCAAAGCGUAAGAAAUUAUUUCAAAAACUUGUUCAGGACCCUAUUGAUGGCAAUGCAUGGCAUGCGGAUCACAUAAUACCUGUAUAUCAAGGGGGAGGUGAAUGUAGGCUAGAGAACAUGAGGACACUAUGUGUUGCUUGUCAUGCUGAUAUCACUGCCGCGCAACAUACAGAACGGCGUUUGACCAGACUUGUGGCAAAGAAGAAACUCAAAGCUGUCAUGAGUAACCUCAAAAGUACUAAGAAACCCAAGCAGAAAGUGGAUGAAGCAGAGGGUUCACGGCACUCUGACAUUGAAAAGAACAAGGAUGAGGAUGAACUUCUAGUGAAUGUUCCAGGGAGUUCAUAUUCUAUUAGCAAUGGAAGCCAAGAACGAGGAAAUUCAGAGUUGAAGGCUAGCACUAAUGAUGAUUUAGGUGAGGCGUCAUAAUGAAUGACGUGCUGCCCGCUGCAUAACUUACCUCAGUCAUGAAGAGAACCAGUUGUAAAAAAUUUUGGGAUGUUACACUUAUUCUUCUUGAAGAAAUAAGGAAAUGUGAGUGGGCUAGUAUAUUAUAAGACUAGAAGAAGCAAAUGAAUUGCACUAUCAUAAUCCUUGUCAUACCGGUUCUUGAUCGAGAUACCUGUAUCUAUGAAUUUGAUCUUAUAUUGGGGUUGUUUGCGCUUAAUAAUGCGCCUUUCGACCUUUCACUCCAUAAUUA